AUAUAUAUGAAUAUAAUGCCGGUCGAUACAAACAUUGGGUGGUGCAGCCGCCACUGAGCUGUGAUCAGGAUGUGGUGUAGUGAGAAAUUGUGUUGUGAUGUAGCAUGUGAUGCUUAGCACUGGAGGUCCUCGUGUUCUUCGGCGCGAACACGGGCUGCAGUUGCCUCUGCACCCUUUGCAGGUGUCCGGGUGGUUGGCGCUAAUAGUGUUAUCAGGUAGUGCAUUCCUGCUGUUGGUCCCUGCGUUGCCGAUCAAUUUGCAGGCAGGUGCAUUAGGUGUUCUGAGCACCCUCCUGUUGCUCCACCUGGCGGCGCACCUCGGAGCCGCCCUUAUAGAUCCUGCGGAGGCGGCGCUGAGGAAGCGCAUCCCGGAGCCUGUACCGCCCCUGGACCGGGUGAAACACGCGCACGUCAUCGAGGAAGGAUUGUGCCACCUAUGCAAGGUGCUCAUAUCUGGUCCAAGAACGAAACACUGCAGCGCGUGCAACAAGUGCGUGGCCAAAUUUGACCACCACUGCAAGUGGUUGAACCACUGCGUGGGUGCACGCAAUUACGCACCAUUUCUUAUGUGCGUUACAACGGCGGUGGCGGCUUCCGCCUUCGUUGCCCUUCUCGCCUUCGUGGAAUUCAUCUUCCACCACACGGAUUCAACGUCCUGGCUGCUGACCACCAAGCAACCCGCAACCAAUGAGUCGACCUCGACGACGCCGCCGCCACUUUACCAACAACAGCCGUCCUCAUCGCUACCAUCCAGCGACGCCGCCUUCCUGGCAGUUGUCGCCAUCCUAGGACUACUCGCCGUAAUUGUAGCCGGUCUCCUCCUUCACCUGUGUUUCUUCCACAUCUACAUAUCAUUCCUUGGCCUCACCACCUACGAGUACAUUCGUCAACAAAGACAAACCAAUCAAACUCCCCAAAUACAAGAACCACCCACCAAUCCUACUCAAAACUCCCAUCACUGUACACCAUCUGCUCUCCGCCAUCGCCCAGCCAAUCUUCGCUGCGAAGAAAGAUCCCGAAUGACAUUGUUCGCCGUUUUAGAAGAAACAUUCACUUGCACUCCGACGCCGCCGUCUACUCCUCAGGAUUGCCAAGUAUGUAUCAGCAACUCCGUAGCUCCUGCAGAUCCACCGCAGGUGCAACGUAAAUUUAAACAGAGAUGGAACUGCUGCGUUUCGGUGCCUGAUAGUCCAGACGAAGAACCUCGUUGCCUCAUGUCCUUAUGCAAGCAUGCCAAAAACAAACUGGACAAUAGGAGCCGCAGCACGAGCCACGGCCACUGGUCCAGCGCCAAAAUACGCGUACUCUUUCGUGUUUUAGGAAACCUCGGUCAUCACCGUCGAAGACGCCGCUCCAGGUCUAACCAAGUCACCCCAUCCACCACCACCGUGGAUGACCAUCCUGACACAAUAACAGUACACACUAUAACAAAUCAACAAUCACUACCCCCGUUACCUCUACCGCCUCCUCCUCGUCGUCGCACAAUAAGUGAUUCUGAAUUAGCAAAUGCACUUUCCAUUCUUCAGCAGCAAAGGAUAAAUACAUCUAUCCGUAGACCGCUGCCUCCUUACCGCCGUCGUAGACGUAGUAAUGCCGCUCAUAGAACAAAAACACCUGCUCUAUCUCCAAUACACGAAUCGGGUCUAUCUAAUCCGGCUUCACCAUCCAGAACUUCAAGCACCACAUCCAGACAAUUUUAAAGUACCUCUAUUCCAAUUUACGCUUUUAAAUGUUCUAUCUGCUAAAAUUUCUUAAUUUUAUUCAAAGCUCAAUGUACAUAUAAGAAAACAGAAGGACUUGUAUGUAAUUAUAUUUUACCAA